AUGGCGGACAUUCAAAGAUCGAUCAAGGACCUUUGGGUCAUCAUUUCCGGAAACACUCUUCUCAGAUCAAACGAAUUGGUUGGCACUGAGCUCACGAAAAAUGCCGAUCAAGUUCUCAAUGGACUUCUUUACUUCACUGACCAAAGGAAGUCGAAGACGACCGUACCUGAAAGCUUUAACCAAGAACUGCUUUCCAAGCUUAGCACUCUUCUCGGAUUGGACAAAGAGCGCAGUUAUGAACUGUUUUGUUCUUAUCUGAUAUACGAGUAUCGAGGCACCCCAGAUGACUUGAAGGCAACAGUGGCGAGUGAGCGGAAUAUACCCCACAUACUGAAUGAGGUGUGGAAUUACUAUCGCAUGGAACGCCUAUUCAGCCUGUUUUGUUUGAGGUACAUUCUUGAGCAUUGGCAGAACCCUUCUCAUGUCUAUGUGAGAUUGUUUGAUGGAUUUUUGGAGCGCUUCAAUGAAAAUGAGAUAAUCAUCAAAAAGAUUAUUGAGCAGUUGGAUUUGAUAGUUGAAAUCCAGCAGCCCUCAAGAGAGUCUCAUGGACCUUACAUGACGAACACCCUGAUUGGUCAAUGGGUCAACUACACACUGCAAGAACAAUGUGAGCUUUUAAAGAUCGUCCUUCUCUACUAUAAGGAUAUGCAGCCAAAGCUGGAAAACAUUAUUCAGCUCCUCGACGUGUUUCAGAAGCACAACUUUGGGCAGCGGCGUUCUUUCAGGAAGCUUCUGGGUGACAGCCACAGGCCCAUGCUGGACCUUAUAAGUUACUUAGAAUGCCUUGUGCUCGUAGAGAGCCUUGAUCUUGACUGGCUACAUCGAUACCACCAGGGGAGCAUGACGACAGACCAUCAGCUGCUGAAAGAUCCGGAUGCACUGCAGCAACUAGACCGCAGCAUGUCCUGCCUGGGUGGAAACCCAGCCCACGGUCCCUUGCUGCUGUCAUGGCUUCUCGUUCGCUCCUGGAUCCUGCCGGGCACUCGGACAGCCGGACUGGGAAAAGAGGCUCUCCGAAUGGACGCCUUUGGCUAUCUCAACAGUGCGCUGCGGCACCCCGCUUUCUUUGGGGAUGGGAUCCUUCCGAACAAGGUUCAUGCCAUUGUCUACGAGCUCGUCUUUCUCCUGGUUGCAUCGUUCAAUCAUCGCAGCCUUGGUCCCAUUGAGCCACUGUUUCAUCUUGCAGAGAAGCUUCUUGAGUACCCAACUGUUGCCCAAGACUUCUGGAAGGAGGGUGAAACUUCUGGACUAGGCCAUCUGCUUGUCGAAGCAGAGGAAAUGUUCCCCUUGAAGGCGGAACCACUGAUCCAAAUGCUAGCUGCAUUAGCUAGGGCAAGCCCUGAGAGCUCGCAUAAUGUAAUAACCAGGUUUGGAGGUGUGCCUUGCUUUUUGGAACCUCUGGACAGUGUGCCAAGUGACGUGUUGCAGGUUGCCGAGGAUGGCUUGCGUGUUUCGCUAAGAACAACUCGAUAUCCCUAUGGCAUCCAUGCACUGUCCAUUCCGCUCGGAACAGAAGGGACUGUGUUCAAAUCUGGAAAUAGCUCACUUGUCCGGUGGCGGGUGAAGAUUAAUGGUUGGCAAGUCAUUGUCUGCGAACUCUGCAAGCCCUGUGACUCGGACAAAGGCUGGCUUCAGCGGUUGCUACACAUAGCUCGCCUUAUCCGCAGCCUUUUGGAGACGGACUCAUCACUAGAAGACUUGCUGGUCCACAAUAUCGAUGAGCUUUUUGCUGCACUGCACAGGCUAAUACUCCUGAGCACUCCCCUUAUGAGCCCUCCAAUUGAAGUACUGGGAGAGUGCCUUGAGGUGGUAGCCAUCUUGGCUGAUAAGAGUCCCAAAAAAUCCUGGAAGCGGCUGGUCGCGACGGGUCUGCUUCCUGCUCUCAGCACGCAGCCCAAGUCUGUGGAACAACUCGUUAAGGGCUAUAUGGUCACAGGCAACGUUUUGAGUCAAGCCAUGGCAUCCCAAGAAAGGGUUAUCGGGGACCAUCCUGUCUGCCUUGCUUUUCUGAAGCUGCUUGCUGCUGUUGCUGAGACUUUUGUGGAGACUGUAGAUGAAGAUUUCCUGGCAUGCUUAGCUGUGGUGCUGCAGGACAUCUUUCCCUCAUUUCACAAGUGGAGGUACAACAGACCACAUGACAGGGACGUCAUCGGCCAUCGCUGCCUAAAUAUUUUCCACAGACUGGUUACCGUCUCCGCUAAGUUGAAGGCAGAAACUGUAGGGAGUACUGAACUCUGUGUAUAUGGCCUGCUUCACGGCGAGUCAUGUUCAGCUUUGCUUCGGCUUAUCGUCUCCGCUGAGGAAUUUGUUGCACGGGCUGUUGAAUUUGAAGGAAGUCGCCACUCGAAAGACUUGCUCAACUCUGUGCGACUGUGCUUCUCGGUACUGAACCGCCUGCUGCUGCUGGGCGCCGGUGCGGGCUCCCCUCUGGAACAGCGCUUGUUGGUGUCGCCCAGCCAGACUGCUGGUGGUGCACCGUCCCUGACCGUCUCUGUGGCACGCUUUCUGUACCUGCGCUUUGAUCCGCGUCUCUGCACCCUUGCUGUGCAGCUGCUGAAGCGCAUUGCCAAGCUGUACCCGAUGUCCCUGCUGGCAUGCCUGGGGCGUGAUGCGGAGAGCUUCCGCGACCAGCUGCUGCUGCGUUUGAGCAAAGACACCGAGGAUGUGCGUCUCAAGGUGGCCCUCCUGCAGCUCCUGGCGGUGUGUACACGCACCCAGCCUGGAUUGUUUGAGCUGCUCCUGGGCACCACCACUCCGUCACCGAGGUCGACGCCCUCCUCCUCCUCCUCUGGUUCCUCUGGUGAUGCCUCAUUGAGCUCUUCAGGUUUGGGUUUGUGCUUGGGUGAAGUUUUACAGAUCUUGAAGACAAAGCAAGAGGGUGUGGACUACUGUCCCGCAGACCUGCACUGCUCAUGCAUCGAGUUCAUACACAGCCUGUGGGCGUGCCACCAGCUGCGGGCCAUGGAGCUGCUGCGUAAGAAUAAGUCGUUCUGGAGCCUGGUGUGUUUUCCCCUGAUGGGAGAGGCGGUGGCGACACAAGAAUGCAGGCUGGUGGCCUUCAUCUUCAAGACGCUGGCUUUGGAGCUUUACCAUUCCAAAAGUGAACUUGAUCCCAACGUGAAAGCCGUCCUCGACAAGGCGAAGCAGGGGGCCCCAAUAAAGGCCUGGUCUAAGCUUGUGACCAGCGGCUUGCCCAAACAGCCUGGAGGUGGUGGAAGCCUGAAUGCCUCAGCCAUGAGCAUAGCUGAUGUCAGUGAAAUGUUUGACCCUGUUGCUGAUAGCUUUGUGCUGUUGUCAGGGUGGCGUGACUUCUGCGUGAUUCUUGCCAAGUGUCGUCACAUGCAGAUUGCAUCGGCAGAGAAGAAAGCCAUUCUGCAGGACUUGUUUUCCAGCCUGGUUACAGACGGUGUCCUGACAAAUUUCAAGAUUAGCAUUCUGCUUGGUGAACUUUAUCUCAUACUACUCAAGCAUUGGAGCAGCGGCGUCACGUCUACGGUAUCGGAAUGGGCCAGCAGCAUGGGCACCGUGCUGUGCAUCCUGGAAAACGGCACCACAUCGCUUCAUCCGCGGCUGGCUCUCAUGCUGAGCGCCAUUGGUGCUUCCAUGGUGAAGAUACUGAAGCAACAGCUGGCAGCCAAGAAAGAGGAACAUGAGCUGAACGUGCAUUCGUGGGUGGCAUCUCUGUGUCCUCUGCUAACCUUCUAUGGAAGGAAGUGUGUUGAGGAAAACCUCAAGUCACCAAGUUCUCUCACAGUCCAGGUGUGUACCACAUUGACCACCUUCCUCAAGGAUCUCCUGUCGCUUUCCGAGAACAACACUGGCUGCAUCCCUGUACUUCAACAGAACCUGGUUGUUGCCCAGCUGACAAACCUGUUGCAGGCGUCACUACAGGCAAUGAAGGACAGUCGCCUAGCCCAAGCCAUCUGCCAUUUCUUUCUUGCGCUCACGGCUAUACCUCAGAUGGCCGAGGCGCUGCAGUGCUGCGGAGUGAUGGACCAGGUGAGCCCAUUCCUGUCGGCUUGCUACCAGGGCAGCGACGAGGGCUGGCUGACCGUGUACCGGCUACUGGUGCAGCUGGUGACGGCGCUGCUACACAUGCAGCGUUACUUCUUUCUCGACAGUGCCCUGGGGUUCAUGGCGCUGCAUGUGGACAGACUCUAUGCUUGCCUUAUGCAAGUCCGUUCCAACCCAACACAAAUUGAGGAGGCCUUGGUAACAGCUUGGCUUGUCUGCAAAGUGGCUUCUCUACGAACUAUGUAUCCGUGCAACCAAACGAAUCCCUUGAUGAUGCUCAUGAGAAGCAUCUGCUGUGUCACGUCUUCAGCAGUUGCCUACCUGUGCAGACCCACCCUUCUGCAGCAUAUGCUUGAGUACAAGAAGCAGUCUACCGCCCAACCUCAUUCUGAAGAGCAGGGCAGCCAGCCCAGGCGGCAGCUUUCGACCGACGAUGUCGCUGAUCCAUCACCCAAGCUGACAGAAGCGAGAAAAAAGCUCCAGGAGUUGCUGUUCAUCUGCUUGUGCUGCUGUAAACAGUUCAGUCCAAGCGUGCCUGAAGCCCUAUCAGAUCAGGCGUUGGACAUUGACGAGUGGCGGCCGAUAGCCCACCUGUCGUUUCAGUCACCGUCAGUGGAGCAGGAGGAGAAGCUGACAUUUGGAACCCUCAUGUCGGCUGCGCAGUUAUGCCUCAAGUCGCUUACCAAGGUCGACCGGCAACCAUCCACUGCUGGGAGCCCCCGCCAACAAAGGCUUGUGGAAUUCGCCACCCUGGAGAUGAGCCUGUCAAUAGCACUCGGCCAGGCCCUGCUGUAUAGACUGCAUCCUGCAGUUGCCCUCCAUGACAAGCAGCUUUUAUCCAGGACGUUUAGUGGUGAGAUGGCUGCUAUCAAGGCUGAAGUGCAGAGACAUUUGCGGCGAGGUGGCCAGGGCUCACCAAGCACGUCCAGGACAAAAACCCCGCCCUUGGACCCAGUCUCCGAGUGGGCCUUGGUUCAGACAUUUAUAGAUGUUGUAGAGCAGGUGUUCAAGUGACACUUGGUCUUGCAACCGUGGAGGAAGAAAAGAACUGCCUUCUCUUGUACAUAUUUUAUAUUUGUAAUAUAAGAUAAAAUGAAAAGUUUUAGACCAUCUU